AUGGACACCGUGACGGAAGGACGCCUGGCAAUUGCGAUGGCGCAAGCCGGCGGCAUUGGCGUCAUCCACCGGAACCUCACACUGGACCGACAGGCCGAAGAAGUCCGGAUGGUCAAGAAAUUCGAAUCCGGCAUGGUCGUAAACCCGCUUGUCAUCGGGCCCGAAGCGACAUUGCAAGAUGCCAAUGACCUGAUGAAACGGUUCGGCAUCUCCGGUGUUCCUGUUGUGGAAAACGGCGGUUCCGGAGGCCAGGUUGCCGGUAAGCUCGUCGGCAUCCUGACCAAUCGGGACGUUCGUUUUGCCUCCGACCGGCAGCAGAAAAUCCACGAACUGAUGACCAGUGAAAACCUGGUCACCGUCAGCGACAACGUUAGUCAGGAAGAUGCAAAGCGCCUGCUGCAUCAAAACAGGAUUGAAAAACUGCUGGUAGUCGAUUCAGACAACAACUGCAUCGGCCUUAUCACCGUGAAGGAUAUGGAGAAGGCCAAACUCAAUCCGAAUGCCUCCAAGGACGCACAGGGCAGGCUUCGCGUUGCGGCAGCCACCAGUGUCGGCGAGGAAGGUUUUGCAAGGGCGGAACGUCUGGUUGAUGCCGGUGUCGACAUGGUCGUGGUCGAUACGGCGCAUGGCCACUCCCAGAAGGUUCUGGACAUGGUGGGCCGCGUGAAGAAACUGUCCAAUUCGGUGCAGGUUCUGGCGGGAAACGUUGCAACGUCCGAAGGGACAAAGGCGUUGAUCGACGCCGGCGCAGACGCGGUCAAGGUCGGGAUCGGACCUGGCUCCAUCUGUACGACACGGAUCGUGGCGGGAGUGGGUGUGCCCCAGCUCACGGCGAUCAUGGAAUCGGUCAACGAGGCGGAAAAGCAGGGUGUGCCGGUGGUCGCUGAUGGAGGCAUCAAGUAUUCCGGUGAUCUUGCCAAGGCAAUCGCCGCCGGGGCCGCGUCCGCCAUGGUCGGAUCCCUUCUGGCGGGCACCGAGGAAAGCCCGGGCGAGGUCUAUCUUCACCAGGGCCGCUCCUACAAGUCCUAUCGCGGCAUGGGGUCAGUCGGUGCCAUGGCGCGUGGGUCUGCGGAUCGUUACUUCCAGGCUGAAGUCAGGGACAGUCUCAAGCUUGUUCCUGAAGGUAUUGAAGGGCAGGUGCCCUACAAGGGAGCUCUCGGCAGUGUCUUGCACCAGCUUGCCGGUGGCCUGCGCGCUGCCAUGGGAUAUGUCGGCGGCAAGAAUAUUCUGGAUUAUCAGGAAAAGGCGCGCUUUGUGCGAAUUUCCGGCGCCGGAUUGCGGGAAAGCCAUGCACAUGACGUGACAAUCACGCGCGAAAGUCCGAAUUAUCCGUCAAACGUUUGA